ACAUCCAUCAUCUACUGCGACGUGAGGAUGAAGAGAGGGAGGAGGAGGAGGAACUAGAAAAAGUUACAGCGAAAAAUGGCUUCCUUGUCUUCGGAGUCUGCAAAACAAUCCGAGGAUAGCCCAGAGGAGCCCGCUGGAGUGGAGACCAACUCGGAGCAAAAAGAGGACAGCGAUCCGGACGAAGUUUCCGAACGAUUACUCCAAACUUUCCAGAAGUCGGCGCUGAGCUUCUCCCCGGACCAGGUGGCGUGUCUGUGCGAAGCGCUGCUGCAGGCGGGCAACGCGGAGCGCCUGCACAGGUUCCUCUGCACCAUACCCCCGUCCGCCGAGCUGCUACGUGGCAACGAGACCCUGUUGAAGGCCCGGGCGCUGGUCGCUUUCCACCGGGAGGACUUCAAGGAGCUGUACGCGAUCCUCGACAGCUACGACUUCCACCCGGGGAACCAUGGGUUCCUGCAGGACCUCUACCUCCGGGCGCGCUACAAGGAGGCGGAGAGGUCGCGGGGUCGCAGCCUCGGAGCUGUGGACAAGUACCGUCUGAGGAAGAAGUUCCCCCUCCCCAAGACCAUCUGGGACGGGGAGGAGACCGUCUACUGCUUCAAGGAGAAGUCCCGCAAUGCGCUGAAGGAGUGCUACAAGAGCAACAGGUACCCGACCCCGGACGAAAAGAAGAACCUGGCCAAAGUCACCGGGCUGUCGCUCACACAAGUCAGCAACUGGUUCAAGAACCGGCGGCAGCGGGACCGGACCCCCUCCGGGACCCCUUCCGGGACCCACAGCAAGAGCGACUCCGACGGGAACCAGAGCUCCGAGGACGAGGUCCACAUGGACGACGAGCCGCCCCGGGACCCGGUGGGGGCCAGCCCCCCCAUCCUCUCCUUCUCGGCGGUCCCGGGCUCCGGGGGGGGCCAGCUCAUCCUCAACGGGACCAACGGCUUCCUCAGCGCCGCCCAGCCGCUGCUGCUCAACGGGGCGGGGCUCAUCCUGAACGGGCUGACCCUGGGGGAGUGCGGCACGGUGACCCUGAGCCCGGUGGGGGGGCACCCCCCCCUCCUCCUCAACGGGGCCCAGGUCGUCGCCAAGCCCGGCCCCGCCCUGCAGGGCCCCUCUCUGCCGGGGCCCGACGGGGCGGGGGCCAGACUCAACGGGCUGACCCAGCUGGUGCUGAGCGCCGAGGCCGCCCCCCCCGGGGGCCCCGCCGCUCAGCACGGGCCGGAGGCCAAGGGCCCCGGGGGGGGGCCCCUGGACUUCAUCACCGCCCCCCCGGGGAUGGGGUCAGAGGGCGCCGGGCGGACCCUCUCCUCCUCCUCCUCCUCCUCGUCCUUAUCUCCGUCCCCGUCGGCCGUGGCCCCCCCCCCGGGGGCCCUCCCCUCGCUGGUGUUCGCACAGAGCGCCCCCCCCCUCCCGUCCUCCAUGGCCCCCCCGGGCGUGCUGCUCUCCGGCGCGGUGCUGUCCAUCCCCGGCCAGCAGGGGGAGUACGUGGUGCUGAGCAGCUCGGGCCCCCAGCUGGCCCCGCCCCCCUCCUCCUCCUCCGGGGGGCCCCCCCAGGUCUACUCCCUCCCCCAGGUGGCCCCCUCCUCCUCCGGGGGGCCCCCCCAGGUCUACUCCCUCCCCCAGGUGGUCCCGUCCAUCCAGGGCGUCCCCGUGUCCCAGUUCGUCCAGCGCGCGGCCGGGCUGACGGGGGGCUCCCAGUGCUCCCAGCUGGGCUCCCAGUGCCCCCAGCUGGUCCCCGUCUCCUCCUUCUCCUCCCCCCUCCCCCACUUCCACGCCCCCCCUCCGGGGCAGCCCCCCCCCCACCAGAGCGUGGCCCUGGGUGACGGGGCCACCACCAUCGUCUCCGUCACCCAGCUCCCCAGCGGGGCCUUCCCCCAGGGCCUGUCCCUCUCGCUGGGGGGGCCCCCCCAGAACCAGGGGGGCCCCCUCGUGUCCUCCUCCCAGGGGCCCCAGACCAAAGACCCCGUCCCGGCCCCCAGCUCCUCCUCCUCCUCGUCCUUCUUCACCCCGGCCCCCGCCACGCCCUCGCCCUCGCUCUCGGCCGGGGGGGGGCUCCCCCUGCAGAUCCUCACCUCUACCCCGGGGGGGGGCGGGGGUGCCGCGCAGGCCCCCUUCAGGCUGAACCCAGUGGGGCCCCUCCAGAGUCUGGGGGCCCCCGGCGUGCAGCUGCUCAACUCGGGGGUGAUCCAGCUGCCGUCGUCACCCGGAGGUAACCUCCUGCUGGGAGGGGGCCCGUACCUCAGCGUCCAGCAGGGGAAGCUCAUCCUCACCAUCCCCGCCGGCAUCCAGCUCACCAGCCUGCCCCUGAAGGGCCCCCCCGAGGGCCCCCCCCUCCCGGCCAGCCUGCUCCUCGGCCCCCCGCCGACCCCCGCGGGCGUGUCCCCCCCCGGCGCCCUCGUCUCCUCCCCCCUCAGCUUCAUCAACUCCUCCCCGCUGUACGGCGGUCCGGACGGCUACGCCGCGUCCCCCCAGCCGGGCCUGGAGCCCCCCGCCCUCCCCCCCCCGUCCCACCUCCUCACCCCCGAGAGCCUGCUCUCCCUCAGCCCCAUGUGCAGCGGGGCCCCCCCCGGCCCCCAGCUCUCCCAGCUCUCCCAGCUCUCCCAGUCCGCGUGGAGCCCGGUGUCGCCGCCCGGCCCGGCGGGCCUGGCGCUGUUCGACGUCCGGGGGGGAAAGGGGGAGCUGGGGGAGGACCCCGCCCUGCUGGGCCUGCCCGGGGGGGAGUCCCUGCUGCUGGGGGGCACGUCCCCGGACCGGGACGGGGGGAGGGGGUCCCCGCUCGGCCCCUCGGAGGACAUGGACGAGGACGCUAAGGUCCUGACCCAGCUGCAGUCCGUCCCCGUGGGGGGCGAGGACGAGGACGGGCUGGGGCUGUAGGCCCCGCCCCCCCCCCACCAGCACUCCCACGUUCGUGAGAAACCGAAGGCGCCGCGCGGUGACCGCUAUGACCGCGCCCGGAGAUUACGUUGCGUUAAUAAUCCCGACGGACGCAGACGUCCCUCCCUCGCGGAGACGAUGAACCAAGGCUGCGUGGGUUCGAUGCCAGCCGUGAGGUCGUCUCAGACCUGAUACUCACCAGUGGACUAGAUAUCGAUCGACGGGGUUUAAAGUGAUGUUGACUUUUUUCGACUGAGCACCGUCUUGCCUGACCCAGAAUGUUGUCCUGCAGAGACUGUCUGUCUGCCCUAUGGGCGUGCCUCUGUCCGCUCCCCUUUGGCCCGACACCCUCCCCUUCUCACACUAUAAACCCUGACGUGCCUUUUAUCCGUUGCCUAAAAGCGACAUACUCCUGGUGGUGGAGUGGUCGCCAGUCACAGGAUCAGAGAGCUUCGGCCUCAGCAAAGGGAAGCUCGAACCGCAGCGCCUCCAAUCAGAGUCUCUGGUCGCCACACAGAGUAACCAAUCAGCUGCCUUCUGGAUCUCUGGUGACCUGUGUUUGGUCACCUUUCAGAUGAUUUAAAGUGCAGUUAUUAUGAACAGUGUAUCUACUUUAUUAUUCCCGAGUGUUGGGCUUUUGGCAGACCGACUGAAGAUGUGGUGAUGAACGCUACACUAUAGAACAACUACGUGCACAUGAUCCUUUACGCUUCGAGGACCAGAAGGUAACGUGUCCUCAGCCAGACGUCCGCAUGUUGGCUUUGAAUGGUCGUCCUUUCACAGAGCGACUGUGAGAUCAUCAAGCUACCUUGUAGACUCAUCCCUGGGCGCCAUGGUUACCAAACCUUUCAGACUCAGUCAGGACACAUCCGGCUAUGGAUUGGACUCCUACAGCAUUUCUCUGAGGAACCAGAGGAAAGGUCUGACAUUGAACGUUUUAACAUCCUCGGGUCAGAGUCCUCAGGCGAGGUCUUUCGGUUUUGUUUUGACAUCUCCGUUUUUGUUUUCAUAUUUUUUUCCCUUGUUCGCAGAAAUGCAGAAAUGAACCAAAGCAGUCCGAUUGCAGAAGCGAGACUAGGAUUCCAGUAGGAACAGUGCAGUAAAGAAACGAUGAGAUUGUUUGUUUUCGUAAAAAUACUAUACAAGAGAUUCAAGGGCCUGCCGCAAUAUUGAGUCCAGUACCAACCGAGAACAAGCCUGUAAUGUCGGAGCCUUCUCACAUGACUGGAGAAGAACCUAGGAUGUAGAAUUAGCUGAGCUGCAAUGCAAGGCAUCUGAAGUACACACUACGUGAUGUGGGGCUGUGUUCCAAGCGAGUACACUUGGGAGAUUAGAGCGCCUUUCUACAGAUCUUGAAGACGUGGCCGUUACACUAAACACGACUGUGACUCGACAGAUUUGGACUUUUUGUUUGUUUGUUUGUUGUAAUGUGAUUUUCUUUAACUUAAAGUGCCUUAUGUUUUAGAUCCAAGUGUAUCAUUUUUACAAAGAGCGUAUUUGCUGUAUGAUACAGCAAAACUAGCGGGGUGUCCUACACUCUAGACAUUCUCCAGUUUUCAUGUUUAAACUACAUUGUUGUCUGAUUUACCUCUAAUAAUGAAAUGUAAAACACUCCUGGUGCGGUCAGUCCCUCCAUCUCCUCCUCCUUUUAUGUUUUGCACAUUUCAUUUGCAUGAUGUUUACACUGCACUGCUGUGUUAUGAAAAACAGAUUCUGAAAUGUGGGCUGUGGUCACCGGCUCCCGGCUUAAAGGAAACUUCCAAGAGACGUUUGAGUGGAAAGUCCUAAGACCUGGAGCGGAUCACCGGCUGGAAUCGAGUUGACUUGUUACACUUCAGUUCCCUCCAUUGAAAACAUUAAACACACCAAUUUGUGAGCUGUCCAGUGCCAUAACACAGGGGGUAGGCUUGAUUAAGGUACACAUUGCUAUGUUCAAUGCAGCACAUUUAGCUAUAAUAACAGCGAUUGUGUUCUAUUGUCUCUUUGUCUGAUUAUAUAUUUGUGUAUACAUAGUCUUUUUGAACCAUGUACCCAUUACUUUACAUUUUUAAAACUGCAUGUUAUUUAGUCAAAUGGAAGUUCUAUAAAUGUUUGUAAUAGGAAGCGACAUUAAUAUUGUCGCCCAUAUCUUGUUUUUUUUAAGUGUUAAAUUACACCAUUGUGAAAACGGUAUCCAUUUUCUUUUGGGCCAAAUGUAUGUGGACAGCUACAGAGUAGGGGUGGGAAUCUCUUGGCACCUCGUGAUUCGAUUCCGAUUAUGAGGUCAACGAUUCGAUUCUGAAGCGAUUAUCGAUGCACCUCGAUGCAACAAUUUAUUUUAUGUACAUUUUCAUGCAGGAUUUUCAAAAAUAUAUAUAGGGUUAUAUAUUUGUGAUGAUCAUUAAAGACAUCAACAGAUGAAUUAACUUAUCUUAUUAUUUUAUAAGAGAGAAGGCUUUUGUCACAAAUAUGACUGAAUGCAAUAAUCAAUGCAGCUUGCAUUAUAACACAAUAUGGAAUAUUCUUUUCUAUGUCAUUGAAGAAAAAGCUGCUCUUGAAUUAGAAGAAUUUAAUUGGAUUACAAAAAUUAUCCCUCUCUGGGGAACAGAGUGUUGCAGCAGGAUAAAUAAAAAUGAAUUCCGAUUAAUUGAUCUGCAUCGAGACAAUCGUUCUAGCGAGAAUCGCGAUGCAUUGAAGAAUCGAUUAUUUUUCCCACCCCUACUACAGAGUAUAAAAUGUAUUUUCUUUGAGACAAAAAUAAUGUGUAAACCUGAACACAAUUUGAAUCUUACCCGACAGAGAUUAGGAGGCAAGGGAAGAAGCGGUGGAAUGAGUAAAUCUUUAGUCAAUGUUGGGCGUUGGCUGAGUUUAUAAAGCCCAUAUUAAUGUUUUCAAUAUGCUGUUACAAUACGUCUGUACAAUCAUAGCCCACAUGUUUGUUGUGUUUAGUCUACGAUGUAAUGCAUGUACUCCACCCACUUCGAUCGUACGCCUCUGGAAUUACCAAAGAAAAUGCGCAUUUAAAAGACUUUUGGAUGGCUUUGAAAGGGAUUGAUGUUUUCUACUUGUCUGUCGUUUUUAUCGUUUUGUACUCAGAAACAUUCUAUUUUUUAUAUGACUUUGUCAUGCUAUUGUAAUAAACUACAUUGACAAAAGGAG